AUGUCUGAGAGGUCUGCUGGUGGUGGUACUGGGAAGAAGGCCUGCUGGUGCGCAUUUCUAAUUCUUUGUCUGAUGCUCAUCACAUACGCGUUGAUUUCUUCAAAUGUAACACACACCCCCAAGGAGUUCAAGCUGAAGAGCUAUCUGACCCCGUUGCGAGAAUGGGGCAUGUUUAUUCCUUACGUUUACAUAGUGAUAUCCGCAAUCCACUAUGGCAUGUCGGUCCAGAUGGGAUAUAAUCUCAUUCCCAUUCUGAAUGGCGUUAGUUUCUUCGGUCGAAUCGUCCCCCAAAUUUGGGCACGCAAAUACUGGAUUUGUAACAUCUUUAUCAUCGCAAUGAUUGCAUCCAUGAUCAUCAUACUCGGCUCAUGGCUUCCCUCGCGCAGCAACGCCGCUAUCAUCGUCUUCACACCGUCCCGGGCGAUCGGUUCGCCGGCAAUCGGGGGACUGGUCAAGGCACCCAGACCAGCCACUGCAAAGGCGGUGCCCAUCCGAUAUCCGAUCUCGUUGGGCGGGGACAUGGUCAACGCAAUCAUGGGCCCUAGUCCAAUAGUCGCACCCGAUGCAAAGCCAAACAGGAGAGGCGACUAUGUGUAUGCAUCUGUAUUCAGCGGAGUAGCGUAUGCGGUGUCAAAUAUGCUACCCCGAGGUCCUUCCUAA